CUUUAAAAAGCCAGGCAGCUGGGACUUAGCGGGUCAGACUCGCUUCCUUCGACAUGAAUCCUGCUCUAGUGGCGCUGGCCUGGUCCCUGCUGGCCUCGGCAACCCAGUCCCAGUCCCAGUCCCAGUUCCAGUCCCAGGACCUGCACGACCACCAGGACAUGGGCUGGGUCAACGGCUACCGCCAGGGCUUCAGCUUCCAGUGCCCGCACGGCGAGGUGAUGGUGGCCGCCAGGAGCUACUUCAGCCAGAGGGAGGGCUCGGACCGCCUGUGGAGCUUCGAGUGCCAGCCCACCCCCGAGGGUCUGGGGACCCCCAGCGACUGCUGGUGGGACGACAUCAGCCGCGCUGGCAUGGAGUGGACGUCCACUUGCACUCGUAACGGGCUGGUGGCGGGCGUGCAGAGCAGAUACUUUGAGGGCCUCCUGGACCGGGAGUGGCAGUUCUACUGCUGCUACUACAAGCGCCGCUGUCCCUACUCCUGCAUGAAGACCAACGACAUCCCGGAACACCACCACGAGGAGGCCGAGCUGGUGGUUCCCACCUACGGCUACUUCAUCCGAGGAGCUCAGACCACCUUCAGCGGGGUGCUCAGGGACCGCCAGUGGAAGUACAUCCUGUGCAGGAUGACCGACUUUGACUGCGACUUUGACAACUUGUAAGAGGCUUUUUGUUCUCCAUAUUUACUCCUUUUUGUAGCUGUUUAGUCCUUAAUUGCCAGCAUGCAACACACACCCGAUCCUUCUUUUAGACGGCAUGAAGACCUUAGAGGUAGUGGAAGUCGAAUCAUUUGUGUCUGCAGAAAAUAAAAUGUUUAACCACACCAUCAAA